UGCAUGUGGAGAUGGGUAUGAAAACACAUCACAUGCUCUACACAUAACUCCAUUUCCUUUCCUUCCCUUCCCUUCCCUUCCCUUCAUGUGAGUCUCUGCCAAUUCUGCCUCUCACCAAUGUCUUCUCUUCGCUUCUUCUUCAUUCUUUUCUUCCUUUCUUUGCUUCUCCAGAUCUCUUCUGCAACUCUUGAGGAUGAAGCUCAGGAUGAUGAUGAUCUAGAUCCAAGCCUCCAGUUUGAAAAUCCCAGCAUUCGCCAAGCCUACAUUGCUCUCCAAGCCUGGAAACAAGCCAUUUUCUCCGACCCUUUUAACUUCACAGCCACCUGGAAUGGUCCUCAUGUCUGCUCUUACAUGGGUGUCUACUGUGCUCCUUCUCCUACAAACCCUAAACUCAGGGUGGUUGCUGGUAUUGAUCUCAACCAUGCUGAUAUAGCUGGCUAUCUCCCUACAGAGCUUGGCCUGUUGACAGAUCUAGCUCUUUUCCAUCUCAACUCCAAUAGAUUUUGUGGGGUUGUCCCUACUAGUUUCCGCAAACUCAAGCUUCUCUUCGAGCUUGACCUCAGCAACAAUCGUUUUGUCGGAAAGUUUCCCAAGGUUGUUCUGUCUUUGCCUUCUCUCAAGUAUUUAGAUCUAAGAUUCAAUGAGUUUGAAGGUUCUGUUCCUUCCAAGCUCUUCGAUCAAACAUUUGAUGCUAUAUUUUUAAAUGACAAUAGAUUCCAGUUUGGUAUCCCUCCGAAUCUUGGCAACUCUCCUGUUUCUGUUCUUGUUCUUGCCAAUAACAACCUUGGUGGUUGCAUUCCUGGAAGCAUUGGCAAUAUGGGUAAUACUCUUAAUGAGAUCAUCCUUAUGAAUGAUAAUCUCACAGGUUGCUUGCCUUCCCAGAUUGGUUUGCUCAAAGAAGUCACUGUUUUUGAUGUGAGCUUUAACCAUCUUCAAGGAUCUCUUCCUUCUUCCAUUGGCAAUAUGAAGAAGGUUGAGCAACUUGAUAUUGCUCAUAAUGGCUUCACUGGUUUCAUUCCUGCUAGUGUCUGCCAGUUGCCUAAUUUGAAGAACUUUACAUAUUCUUUCAACUACUUCUCUGGUGAAGCACCAGCUUGUGCUGCUAUUGGAGGCGGAGUCGUCACUAAUGGCUCCAAGAAUUGCAUUCCUGGAAAGAUGGAUCAGAGAUCUGCUAAAGAGUGUUCUUCUGAAGCUGCACAGCCUGUGGACUGCGCCAAGUUCAAAUGUGCUGGAAGUUCUGGUGGCGGUGGAGGCGGUGGAGGUGGUGGCGGAGGAGUUUCACCUUCACCAAGUAAAAGACCUCCUGUUGGAAGGCCCUCAGCACCAAAUCCUGCUCCUUCUGGUAGGCCAUUUAAGCCUUCUCCUCCUCCACCCACUUCCAAGUCUUCUUCUUCUAGCAGAUCGCAUCCUCCACCACCACCAACGAGGUCUUCUUUCCACUCACCACCUUCACCGCCACCGCCUACUGAAAGGGUCUCACCCAAAACACAUCUGCCACCUCCACCCCCUCCAGUAGAGCAUCACGGAUCACCACCAUUGCCAUCACCUCCUCCACCCAGCAAUUACCAUUCUUAUGCUCCACCGCCGCCAACUGAAAAGGUUUCACCAAGUACUCAUCAAUCUCCACCCCCACCACCGACUGAAUACACGCCCUCUGCACCCAAACAUUCACCUCCUCCACCAUCUCCACCAGUUGAGUACCAUCCACCUCCCUAUCAACAUGAAGCACCACCACCGCCACCACCUGUUGAGUACCAUUCUCCCCCUUAUCAACACAAUGCACCACCUCCGCCACCACCUGUAGAGUACCACUCACCCCCCUAUCAACACAAUGCGUCGCCGCCGCCACCGGAGCAGUCAGUUCCAGCACCGAGUUACCACAUUUACUCCCCACCGCCACCUCCGCCAACGAAUGAAUAUAAACACACUCCUCCUCCGACUCAUGAGCAUCACACUCCCAAAACAGCAAUUCCACCUCCAACAUAUGUAAAGCCUCCAACUUCACCCCCUCCACCGGAAUCAUUCCAUCCCCUCCCACCUCCACCACCAACUGGGUGUGUAUUUCCGGGAUCACCACCACCACCACCAUCUUCACCCAGUUAUCACCACCCACCAUCGCCUCCACCUCCUCAGCAACAGUGGCAUUAUCCACCACCAUCAUCUCAUCAUUACCAAAGCCCACCUCCACCACCUACUAUGUAUUCAAAUCCCUCCCCUCCACCACCGCCGCCAGUGGAUAACACUCCACUCCCACCAAUUGUAGGAGUAACAUACGCAUCUCCUCCUCCUCCAUCAAUUCCAUAUUACUAAACACUUUGUGGCAUCAUCGGGUUUUGAUUCCAUUGUCUUUAUUCUUUUGCUGCUCUGCAACAAUGAGGACUGGUUCCAUAUUGAGUGUUUUUUGUUAAAGCAAUAUUUAUUUUAUUUUUCUGAGAAGUUUAAUUAAUCUGUAGCAAUAAUUAAUAUAUAUUUCCAUUUUCUGGUUA